AUGGUAUCGACCACCGAGGGGGUAACCCCGGAUAUGACCCUGGAAUUUUAUCGCAAAGCGCUGAAUUACAAUGUGAUUGGUCGCUAUGACCCCAAGAUCAAGCAAUUAUUAUUUCACACACCGCACGCUUCGGUCUACAAAUGGGACUUCGGUAAAGACGAAUGGGAACGCUUGGAAUAUCAAGGAGUUCUGGCUAUUUAUCUAAGAGACAUCUCACACGGUGAACACAUGCUACUGGAAGAGACAGAUGAUGAAAGGUCGAUAUUGGCACUGUCAAGUCGACCAAAUGGACCAGAACACAACGUUGAGAUUCUACGAGGCCGUGACAUAUACAACUAUGGGCUUAUUUUGCUCAACCGUAUGAAUCCCGAGAAUUUCUCAAUUGGCAUAGCACCUAACAGUGUGAUAAACAAACGUAAGUUGUUUGCCACUGAGGAGGAUUCUCAACAGCCCUUGGAAACUAUGAAAGUAGAGGUCAAAGAUGAUUUGGUGAUUAUCAAAAAUCUUCGACACGAAGUUUUUGGUAUAUGGAUCCAUACUGUACCCGAUCGGAAAAAUGUUUACGAGCUGAUCAAAUAUUUGCUCGAAAACGAGCCCAAAAGUUCGUUUACCUGA